AUGGAUAUAUUGGACUUUGCAAAGAAAUUAAGUGCUGGCAAACAUCAUUCAGCACGUAAUGAUGAUGUAUUUAUUGAUCGACUUAAUCAUAGAUAUACGGUAACAAUGAUUAUAGUAUUUGCAGCUAUUGUUACAACUCAGCAAUAUUUUGGUUCACCUAUAUCAUGUUGGGUGCCUGCUCAAUUUACGGGUGGUUAUGAAAAAUAUGCUAAUGAUAUAUGCUGGAUAAUGAAUACAUAUUAUGUUCCAAUGGAAAAUGAUAUACCACACGUUGAAACAACUCGAUAUGAACGUAUGCUUAAAUAUUAUCAAUGGUCACCAUUUAUUCUUCUAUUUAUGGCACUUUGCUUUUAUUUUCCACGCAUGCUUUGGAGAGCACUAAAUAAUAAAUCAGGUUUAGAUAUAGAAAAAUUAGUUGAUGCAGCUAUGAAACAAGAACAACAAGAUAAUCCAAGUGAAGAACGAAAGAAAACAGUUGACUAUAUUGCCAAUUCGAUACGUGUGUAUAUUGAAAAUCGUUAUACGUCUUCAAAGGUACAUCAUUCUCAUCCGCAACGUUUUCCUCAAAAACUUUUGUAUCCUCUGACAUUUUGGCGUCAUCGUCAUUUAAGUGCAUACAUAGUUCUAUUAUUUACAUUUGUUAAAUUCCUGUUUCUUAUCAAUUCCUUAGUACAAAUAUUUCUUUUAAAUGCUUUUUUGGGUAAUGAAUACCAUUUAUUUGGUUUUGAAGUCAUUGAUAAAUUUAUUCGUGGUCUUGAUUGGGGUGAAUCAAAACGGUUUCCACGUGUUACAUUAUGUGAUUUUCAUAUACGUGAAGUUGGUAUUGUACAUCGUUAUACAGUUCAAUGUGUUUUACCAAUUAAUUUAUUCAACGAAAAAAUCUUCCUUAUACUUUGGUUUUGGAUUUUAAUCUUAGCCGCAUUCAAUAUCGGCGAUUUUAUAUCUUGGCUUUUACGCAUUAUACGUGUUGAUAGUCGUUUUGCUUAUAUACGACGAAAAUUAGCUAUGCGUACUGACUAUAAAGCUAUCAAUAAUAAUGAACCUAGUGGUCUUGAACAAGCAAAAUUGAAUGAAAAAAUGAUAACUAAAGCUUUUGUUCGUGAUUAUUUACAAGAAGAUGGAUGCUUUGCACUUCGACUUUUGGCACGUAAUGGACAAGAUAUUAUUGUAGGCGAAAUAAUUGAUAGUUUAUAUGAAGAUUAUCGUCAAAAAUAUCAUUCUCACCAUAUAAAUUCUGAUCGUUUAAUAACUAAUUCAAAUGUAUUAUCGCAUAUUCCUCAACGCACAACACAAUAUCAACAUACAAUGCCUGCAAAGUCAACAUACGAAACAUCAAAUAAUGAUAUGAAUGGCGAAGUUUAA